AUGGUGUGGGAUCAACUUGCAAUCGAUAAGCCCCAUCUGGCUUACAUCAUUCUAGGAGGCUUUACCAGUCUUUUCAUGCUUUGUUCACUGUUCGUGAAAGAGAGGCUUUAUAUAGGUGAAGCAACAGUAGCAACUCUGUGUGGCAUUAUAUUUGGUCCCUAUGCGGCCAAUCUCUUUAAUCCAGAUUCAUGGGGCAAUGUGGAUAAAAUCACACUGGAGUGCUCACGCAUCGUUUUGGUGGUCCAAUGCUUUGCUGUUGGCGUCGAAUUACCCAAAUCUUAUAUGGAGAGACACUGGAAAUCCGUCUUCCUUCUCCUGGUUCCUGUGAUGACGUAUGGUUGGCUCGCAACGAGCCUUUUCAUCUGGUGGCUGGUUCCGCCGCUGUCGUGGCUUGAAAGUCUUGCAUGCGCUGCAUGUGUCACCGCGACUGACCCUGUCCUGGCAUCUUCGGUUGUCGGAAAGGGCAAGUUUGCUAAACGAGUGCCCAAACAUUUGCGAGAUGUUCUCUCCGCCGAGUCUGGAUGCAACGAUGGGAUGGCUUUUCCAUUCAUCUACCUUUCCCUAUCUAUCAUCAGAUAUCGACCACACGCCAAUGAAGUUGCCUUACACUGGAUCUGUAACACAAUUCUCUAUGAAUGUGUCGCUGGUGCUGUGUAUGGCUUCCUCGUCGGAUAUAUCGCUCGCCAUAUGAUCAGAUUCGCCGAGAAGAAGAAUUUGAUCGAUCGAGAGAGCUUUCUAGUGUUCUAUUUCGUUCUGGCGCUGUUCUGCGCUGGUUCGGGCAGUCUGCUGGGUAUGGAUGAUCUCCUUAUUGGGUUCGCUGCUGGGGUUGGUUUCAGUAACGACGGAUGGUUCACGGCCAAGACUGAAGAAUCUCACGUUUCCAACGUCAUUGACUUGCUUCUCAAUCUGGCUUAUUUUGUCUAUUUCGGUGCAAUUAUACCCUGGAGUUCUUAUAACAUGCCAGACCUUGGUUUGGUUCCAUGGAGACUGGUCGUUAUUGCAUUGCUCGUCAUCUUCUUCCGACGAAUCCCUAUCAUGAUGAUGCUCAAACCAAUCAUACCAGACAUAAAGACUUGGCGAGAAGCUCUCUUUGCUGGCCAUUUUGGACCAAUUGGCGUCGGUGCCAUAUUUGCCGCGAUCUUGGCCCGAGCUGAACUUGAAAACAACACCACAGAACCAGAGGCUGAGUCUGAUCUGCCAGGCCCCGGUCAGACUAAUUAUUUGCUCGUGCAGUUGAUUUGGCCUAUCACCACUUUCCUUGUGAUUGCAUCUAUCGUUGUCCACGGAUCUUCUAUAGCUGUUUUCACGCUCGGAAAACGCAUCAAUACCCUUACCGUCACCUUGUCAUAUACCACUGCAAACGAGGACGGCCCUUCAUGGAUGAAUCGCCUUCCUCGUGUGCAGUCCUUGUCGAGGAGCUCUUUAUCCCUCCGAAAGGCAGAUUCGGAAGCUUCGAAUGACCAGGCUUCAGACUAUCCCCCUGGAAUGCUGCCACCAGUUGGUAUGCCCGGGAACUUUUUGCGUCGUGUAAGAGAAGGAGAUGAUGAAUCUAGUGGUGUCAGUAGCCGGCGGCCACAGAGCUUGCGGCCAAAACGGCGACGUAUGCGCAGGUCGAAUGUCGGUGGUCCCAUUAGUCAAUCAGCUAUUAUGCCUGCUAGACGCACCGAAGUCACCUCUCCCGCUGAAGAAAAGACGACACAGCCUGAAGAAUCUCCUCCGGUGAGCGAAGAGGAACGUGAAGAGAGGGAACGCAUUGAACGGGAAGGAUCUCCAGCACGGGCGGAGCGUGACAGAUUUGGUCAAGAACCUGAGAUAGAAGUCUACCAAGAGGGCAACAAAAUCAUCAUUGAAGACGAAGAAGGAAACGUCUUAAAGACCGAAGAUAUCACCCAUGAGUCUCCUGAAGAACAGCGGCAACAAGUGUUGGAACAGCACAAGAAGCUUCAAACAGACAAAUCAGGGAAUUAUGCUAAGUCCAGAACCCAGCCCCACGAGAAAACAGAGGGAGAAGAGAUUCAGAAAGAGGUUGAAGAGAAAACUGGUCAUCCCUCUCGCUCAUUGCGACAGCGCUUCGGCACCUGGGCCGGCUGGGGAAAGCAGGAUACGUCUGCGGAGCCAGGGCCAUCUACAACCAAACCUGCGAAGCCACCUCGCCAAUCCGCCCAUGCAUACCAAUUUGGAGAUACAAUUAUUGUCGAAGAUGAAGAUGGCGAGGUUAUCAAGAAAUACACCAUCCCUUCUGCAGAGAAAGACCAAGCUGCUCCGGCUGCCAAUGCCGCUGAGUCACAGGUACGACGAGGUCUGACCAGAAUGGGUACGUGGGUUGGAAUGAAAGAAGGCGAAGCAUCAAGUUCUCGUCAUGAUGAGGAUGAUGGCUUGCGAUUCACUGUUUCUCAUAAUCCCGCUCUUGAACAGAAAGGAGUAGGAAUCAAAGGAAAGCGGAUGAGCAAAAAUGAUUUUAUCAAUGAAAUCAGGAGGCUAGAUCCAAAAGCGCGUCGCAAUUUGGUUGAAGAAACCGAUGCCCCGCAGGUCGUUAAGCAGGUAGCCCGUCAAGAAGCGGCAGCACAGGACAGAAUUGAGGAAAAGGUCGCUGAAGAAAGCGCCGCUGAUGAAAGUCAAAACCGCCCGAGAAUGCUGGGAGACCCUGAAUCGGACGACGACUCUGAUGAUGAUGAUGCAAGCGACACCGAUUCCGAGUCCUUGCGUGAUAUCCCUACUCAUGAUGUUGCUGGUACGUUGGCGCAGUUCUCAGGAAAUGCCAAUGAACGACGGCGACGACUUGCCGGCGACGCUUCACCUGCUUUAUCACCUACUGAGCAAGAAGGGGACUCCGAAGACGAUGGCACGGAGCGCAUUCCACCUUCCGUCAGAAAAGCCGCUUCUAGAACCGCCGCACGUAAUGUCCCUCUUCGUAACGCUGAUGACACGGGCGAAACGCCAGCAGAACGAAAGCGCCGUCUCGCAGCUCUAGGCGAAAUUGAAGCCCCAGACGAAGAAAACGACGACGAGGAAGCAGAGCGUGCUGGUCUUCCUCGCAUGCCGAAGCCUACCGUUGUGCGAGAGCCGGACAGCGAAGAAGAUGGCGAGUCUCGCUACGUUCGAGGUAGUAUUAAAUUCGCGGAUGGUACUCGCCCUUCCAGGAUUACCUCCGAGUCGUCAGAGAAUGGCACAAGAAGCACGUAUAGUCACGGUAAUCGUCAAAGGGUUUCUUGGGGCGGAGAGCGCGGUAGGCACUGA